GCUGUUGCUAGGAGACGGGGCAGCGCCGCCCCGCCAGCGCUCACGGGUGGGAGCCGCCGCUCCACGGCGGGAUCAUCCCGUUUCGCCGCUCGCCCACGGGCAGGACAACGCCGCCCGCCUCAGCCCCGGCUUCCCCCGCCUGGGCGGUGAUAUGGCGGGCGGCAGCGCGGCCUCUUCACGGCGGCCACCGUUGUCGCUGGCCGAGGUGGAGCCGGGCAGCGAGAACGAGCGGCUGGGGCUGGCCCGGGACAGCAUGUUCCGCAACCCGCGCAUCCUCAAGGCAGAAGUGGGGAAGCCCCUAAGAAACUGCUACACCCUGCCAGGCUUUGAUUUUGCAUACGGGCUGUACAUCCCCAGGACAGAUGGAGGAGUUCCUGAAGCCAUAGGCCACUGGAACACAGUGAAUCAGAACAGGACUGAUUUAGUUCAGAAGAUGCCUCGAGACUUCAUCACCAUGAACCGUGGUGCUCUGAAGGCUGGUUAUACCACAGCCCGUGAAUACAAUUUGUACUACAAGGACAAGGACAUUAGGCGCAAAGAAGAAGAAUGCACUCGCCUCAAGAAAGGUCCUAUUAAACUGCCUGCAGACAUGACUUUCGGCAUCCCAGCACGGCCUCCCACUCCCAUUUUUGACAUCCUCCAACACAGAUACAAGGAGCUGUGGAUGGAGCAGCAGAGAGCACUGACAGUAGCCCAGCGAGUGGAAACAAAAAAGUUACAGAAAGGCAAACCGCGUGAAACUCGCACAACACUUCUGCGAAAAAACCCACAACCCACUAAGAAGGAGUCCUUCUGGCACCUGCCCCGCUUGGAGAAGAAGCAGCAUCCAAGGGAGGAGGAACAGCUCGUUCUGCACAGCCUCUGCAGAUUUUUUGUGCUCCUUUCUCACUACGUUAACCUGGAAGGUUUGCAGAUCUAACAGGCGUGGACCGUAUUGGAACUUGGAUCAAGAAAUUAAUGGCUUAGUUGAGUUUCAACACACAGUUGAGUUCUCUUGAAUAUCCAUAAACGUUUACCCAGUUCAAAUCAGUAACAAUCCAGAGAAAGUUUACUGUUUCCAAAGACACUUGGUACCCUCCAAACUUUAACCAUCUCUGUAAAAUUGGGUUCUACACCAUUGGUGGUGGAAUGGCCUUCAAGGACAAGCUGGCCUAACCCUUCAGCCAAACCCAGGGCCUCCAGGAGUCACUCUCAAUGCCUCUUUCACGAAGGUGACAAUAGAGAGCAGUGCUCCAAAGAGGUAAGGGAGCUUGUUCUUGCAGUGUUUCUGUCCUCAUGAAACCACUUUCCUAGGCUCUUCCAUGCUCUGGCUACUACAUAAAUUGCUCAUGACCUGGGAACAACUUCAGAUUCUGAGAGCCCAUUGCCCUGACCACAGCCCUAUUUGGACUAUUUUUCCAUGUGACCUGUGGCUGGUGCAAGGGUGUGACAUGUCCUCAAGGCAUUCAUCAUCCUUCUUGUCACUCAGUUGCUGCCUGUCAUCUCCAUAUCGUGACAUAUUUGAUAGUCACAAUACAAACCAGUAAGUCAACGCUGACCACUCCACAAUAGAUUUCCAGGGCUCUGUCAAAUCAGCCUAGGAGGAUUCUGGUAGUAACACCUCACACUUCAAUGUAGGACAAAAUUCACCCAUGUAUCAAAAUAGCCUCACAUACCACGUGUCACUGACACACACCAGGGUUUUUCCUUUGCUCGUUAGAGAAUUCCAACUCACACAGACAUUCAAGGUGGCUUUCCUAGGAGAAGAGUCUUGUUUACUUGACCAAAAAGGGAGAGGAAAGAAAAUGCAGCAACUUUGGACACCACUUUUGUCAACAUGCACUGCCUUCCCGAGCAGAUGAAAAGAGCUGCGCUCGAUGCGCGAUAUGAAUAAGCGAUAAGCAAUUGACGAGCGAGUGUUCGGGUACCUUGGCAAAAGACUUAAUUUGCAACCUGGCACAAAAUCAAAGGCUCUGUCAACGGCUGAGCGGCUCUCCCGCGUGUGCCUCGCGUUACCUGGGAAAGCUCUGUCAGGUAAACUUCCACUGAAAGUAAUUAGAGGAAUCCCCACUGUAUAAACUUUGCAGCAAAAUUCUGGGCUCCAGAAUUUGAUUCUCACCAGGGAUCCGAUAUCUGCUCCCAGCCUGAUCCUUCAUCAGAAUUAACGGCUGAGUUUUAACACAUACACACAAAAAUGUUCCACAUUUUUUUUUAAUGCUCUACCUCUAUUUUUGUCUGAAGAGCUGAACUGACAAGCACAGCUCAUGUAAUCUUGCAACUGUUGUCUUGUCUGAAAAGCCAUAGAUUCUGCCUAAAUAACCUGGGCUUGAUAUGUGCAGCAUGUGGUGGGCUGGCUUUUCAGAUACCGUGUUUAUCCUCCCAGGUUUGAGGGCAGCAAAACUUAAUGGAGUGUAAAAGAACUUGUCUCCUGGAGCCUAAAUCAUGCUUAAAGAAUAAAACAAUGAGUUCAA